GGGAGGGGAGGCAGAGAGGACACCAGUCUCCUGCACUCAGUGAGGACUGGAGCGGCUGCAGCAGGCAUGCGCGGAUCGCCUUUCUUCAUCGGGAUGAGGGAGACGGGUUACUUCGCUUGCGUGUGGGGUGGAGCAGAGCUGCUCUUUCUCUGCCCCAUGCACCGAGACAAGGACUUAUCCAGAUAUCUCACAGAAGAAGACUUUCAGGGGAUCACGGACUUCAAUGACCUCCCCACAUCACUGUUCGCCUGCAACGUCCACCAGUCCGUAUUUGAAGAUGAAGGAAGCAAGGAGAAGUUUGAGGGCUUAUUCCGGGCGUACGACGACUGCGUCUCUCUACAGCUCUUCAAGAGCUUCAGGAGGGUCCGGAUCAAUUUCAGCAACCCCAAGGCGGCAGCCAGGGCGAGGAUAGAGCUCCACGAAACUCAGUUCAGAGGAAAGAAGUUAAAGUUAUACUUUGCGCAGGUCCAGACCCCCGAGACAGAUGGAGACAAGCUCCACUUGGCCCCUCCGCAGCCCGCUAAACAGUUCCUCAUCUCACCUCCGGUCUCGCCUCCUGUCGGCUGGCAGCCGAUGGACGAUGCAACGCCCGUUAUCAACUACGACCUUCUGUACGCCGUGGCCAAGCUGGGACCAGGUCAGAAGUACGAGCUGCACGCGGGCACGGAGUCCACCCCCAGCGUUGUAGUCCACGUCUGCGACAGUGACCUGGAGGAAGAAGAAGACCCAAAGAAUUCACCAAAGCCCAAAAUCAUCCCAACGAGACGCCCCGGCUUCCCCCCAACCCAACCUAACUGACCGGUCCCUCCAGUGCUGUGUCAUCACCCGUCAUUUUAAUACAGGUUUUCUAUUCUUUCCUCUUCCUUUAGAAAGUAGAAUUUUCUCAUUUUUAUAGGGAGGUUUUUUGGCACACUGUGACGUAAUGCAUGGGGCAAUACAGAAGCCGUAGCCAAGCUCUCAUUGAUG